AAAAAUUUCAAUCCAUUCCAAUUGACUGUCUGGGUAUUCUCUCAUCUUCUCGGGGAUUAUUUGCAUCUAUUCCUUUCCUUUCCUCCUAGGACGCAACAUUCAUCUGGAUGCAUAAAGUAUCUGCAUCGAGUUCGCCUCCCUGUUGCGUCCUCGACAGACACCUUCACUGCUUUCCACUGCGGUUCUUCCAAAGAUCACCCGCGGAGUAAUGCAGCUAUGGGCCAGUAAAGGCACUCGUUGCCUGUUUUGUACCUUCCAGGCGCCGUCCCGUUCUAUUUCGCGAUCCUUUGCAACAACUACUACGCUUCAGCGAUCGAGACAGACGAAUUUGAAGAAGCUAGACGCUAUUAAACAAAAGCACGAUGACUAUAAACCUGAACAGUGGACACAGCGUGCACAACCUGAACCUCGUGUCUCCGUCCACUCCGGUCCGAAACUGCUAAAACGGAAAUAUGUCGCCCCUGAUUUCACGACUGUUGUGACAUCUAUUCUUCAGGAAUUUAAGGACAGUGGGGUGGCUGGGAAGUCAGACGAGGAGCGCGGAUCAUGGAAGCGAUUCGAGCGUUACAUCCUGACAGCUUGCAAGGUGAACGAUGAGUUGGGUCGACUUGGAAAAGAUUCACCAUUACGACGCGUUAAGACCUCAUUGCAAAAUGCCUUUCUCAAGUCUGGCUCUGCAGGUCUCCGAAAUGAGUUGGAAUAUCUUAUGUAUGCGAAAGAUAUCACUGCGACAUACUCGGAGCCCAACCUCGAAGAGCAAAAGAAGAUAGCGGACUUGCGAUAUCCGGCAGAAUGGUACCCGCAAGCGCGCGCUGUUCAACGAACGAUUCAUUUGCAUGUUGGACCGACAAACUCAGGAAAGACAUACCACGCAUUAAAGCGACUGGAGGCUGCGCAGAGCGGUUUUUAUGCCGGACCCCUGAGGCUGCUCGCACAGGAAGUCUACCACCGCUUCCAAAGUAGUGGAAUUCCGUGUAGUUUGGUGACAGGGGAUGAUGUCAAAAUCCCUGAGGACCAACAACCCACUGUUGUGAGCAAUACAGUUGAGAUGGUCAACCUUGGGCAACCUUACGAGGUCGGCGUUAUCGAUGAGAUCCAGAUGAUUGCCGACUCCAGACGUGGAUGGGCCUGGACUCGUGCUGUGCUUGGUGCACAAGCUACUGAGCUUCACCUCUGUGGAGAGACCAGAGCCGUACCCUUGAUUCGGCAGCUCGCGGCUCUAACCGGGGACAAGCUGGAGAUCCACCGGUAUGAACGUCUGAACCCCCUGAAAGUGAUGGACCACAGUCUCCGAGGGGAUCUAAAGAACCUACAGAAAGGGGACUGCAUAGUGGCUUUCAGCCGACUUGGAAUCCACGCCUUGAAAGCGGAUAUUGAGAAAACCACUGGCAGACGAGCUGCCAUCGUAUAUGGUAGCUUGCCGGCUGAAAUCCGGACCCAGCAAGCCAGGCUAUUCAACGAUCCCGACAACGACUACGAUUUUCUUGUUGCUAGCGAUGCUAUUGGCAUGGGAUUGAAUUUGAGCUGUAAGCGCAUCAUAUUUGAAACCCUCGUCAAAAGAGUCCCCGAAGGCCUCGUCAGGUUAUCUGUCCCUGAAAUCAAGCAAAUCGCUGGGCGGGCGGGUCGGUAUCGGUCCGCCGCACAACAAAACAGCAAAGAGAAGAAUUCGCAGGACACUGGAUCUAACGUUGGUUAUGUGACAUCCCUGGAAGAAAUUGACCUCCCAUAUAUCCGUCAAGCGAUGGCAGUCGAGCCGCCCCCACUCACUACUGCUGGGGUUAUUGCCCCGGACUCGGCGCUCGAGAAGUUUGCAUCGUACUUCCCGCAAAACAUCCCGCUUGAGUAUAUCGUCAAGCGUCUCAUGGAGAUCUCAGUAAUCCAUCCUCUGUUUUUCAUGUGUGACCCUCGCAAUCAGCUGGAAAAUGCCGAGGUCAUUGAUUCUAUCAGCGACUUGCAAAUCGGGGAUCAGUUAACCUUCAUGGCAGCUCCUAUCCAUGCUAAGGAUCCCGCCGGGCGUGAUAUUGCGGCUGCGUUUGCCAGCUGCGUGGCAGGACACUCCAACGGCCGGCUCUUGGAUAUCCCCGACCUCAACCUGGAAAUCCUCGAAGAGCCAGUGUCCGGAAGCAAGGCCUACCUGCAGGCAUUGGAAGGUUUGCACAAGUCGGUCAUUCUCUACUCAUGGCUGAGUUACCGAUUCGGCGGCGUCUUCACGGACCGAACUCUGGCAGUUCACGUGAAAGAGCUGGUCGAGGAGCGAAUGGUCAGGGCCCUGACGGAAUUUUCUUCCAACAAGAAGCUUCGCAAGGAUGCUUCUCUGCGCCGACAGAUUGCUCUGCAGAAACAGAUUCUCGAGCAAAAGAAGCGCCUUUCCGAGGCCGAGGAACUCGACCCAGAGGAUGGGCAGGAGGAGCCAACUCCCAUUGAUCUGUCCGAUAGCGUUGAGUAUACCAACCUGCCCCCAGCAUCUGAGACGUAUCCCGGCUCCGUUGCUCAGUGAGUCUAGUAGAUAUGUAUGGAUUUAGGGCAUGGGAAUGGUUGGACGUGUUCCAGGGUCAUAAUGAUUUGUUAUAGAUAUCUUCUUGUAUUAUUAUUAUAGGUUCUCAUCUUCACCAAUGUACGAUAUUCUGCACAGACGUGGCU